UAUAAGUAUGUUACCCAAUCGAUGCGUCCAUUACAAGUUGCUCUUUUACUGAUGUCCAUUUCUCUUCCUGUGUACAGGAGGGCCAAUCAGAGUGCAGCUGCCAGAGACCCUGACACUUGAAGACGUGGUGCAUAAAAACCCGCACGUGACCAAAGGAGGGCGCUACAAGCCUCCGGACUGCGAGGCCAACCAUAAGACGGCCGUCAUCAUCCCUCACCGGAACAGGGAGCAGCACCUUAAAUACCUUUUAUAUCAUCUUCACCCCUUCCUGCAGCGGCAGCAGCUCAACUACGGCAUAUACAUCAUCCAUCAGGCCGGGAAUGCUACCUUCAACCGCGCAAAAUUACUGAAUGUUGGUUUUAAAGAAGCCAUGAAAGACGAGGACUGGGACUGCUUAUUCUUCCAUGACGUGGACCUCAUCCCCGAGGACGAUCGCAAUCUGUACACCUGUGACAGGUUCCCCAAGCACGCCUCCAUCGCCAUGGACAAGUUCGGAUACAAGUUGCCUUAUAAAUCCUAUUUUGGGGGAGUCUCGGCACUCUCUCCCGAGCAGUACAUGAAAAUGAAUGGCUUUCCCAACAACUACUGGGGCUGGGGUGGUGAGGACGACGACAUCGCCAUCAGAGUUGCACUCAGCGGCCAGUUGAUCUCCCGACCAUCGAUUCGUCAUGGAAGGUACAAGAUGAUAAAACACGGACACGACAAAGGCAACGAGCAAAACCCGAGACGGUUCAACUUGUUGGCCAAAACGCGUCGGACAUGGAGACAAGACGGCAUGAACGCUCUCCAGUACAACCUGUUCUCCAAGGAGCUGCCUCCUUUGUACACCAAUAUCACAGUAGACAUUGGCUCUGAGAAAGGGUUCCAUCCCAUGACGUGA